AUGAAUAUCAAUGAUUUGAUUACACAAACAUAUGAAAAUAGUGUCAACAAAGACAGAGUUGAAUCGAUGAACUAUCCCGAAGACGUCUUCAACUUAACUGAAUUUGAUCAACAAGGCAUUCAAGUAUGGAAUAAUCAUGUUUCUAGACGCUUCUCAGCUCUUGCUUAUGACGAUAACUUGUAUAGUAAUGAGGCAUACGACCUGAGAGAGCUUGUGUCAGAGGGAACCACCAACCGCCCAGAAAGUUCAAUGGAUGUAGAUGUUGAAUUUGGCCAAGACGUGCCUACAGACAUCGAGACUCCACUUGAGUCUGAUCGUGGUUACUUUCAUGUUUGUAACACUGUAGAUCAUGUGGAUUUUCCAAGCCAGUAUGAAAGCAGUGAAAGCAAUGAAAGCGAACUGGAUGAGGCUCCUAGAGUUUCUCAUUACGAGCCAAUGAGUGGGACAGCAGCAGCUAGCCUGGAGUUGUUCUCUAUGUUUGUUGAGAACAAUGUAUCUCGUAAUGUUUCUGACAAGUGUGUGAAAAUGAUGAAUAAGUAUAUGACAGAAUGUGGAUUGUCAUGUAAACUUACUACCAUCUUAGCUGCCAUCAAUUCACUAAUGUCUUACUACAAGAUGGACACGCUUCCAAGACAAGAAUAUACUGUCAGUCCUGUCACGCAUGACAUGACCAUAGAAGCUGGACAGCACACAGAUGAGAAUGAGUGGUGCCCUCAUUGUAAUAGCCGACGAUUCCAAUGCGAGAGAGGCACUUUAAUUCCUGUGCAGACCUUCCAGGUUGUGCCUCUCUCUGAGCAAUUAAGAUUCAAGCUUGGUAAUGCCCAGGAAUGCACCAAGAUGGAAUAUAGCAAAAACCGUCUUUCAUAUAAUGUUAGUACCAUGAGAUCCAAUAUCCUUGACCAUAAUGCUGUCCGCUGUUUGGUUCAGAGUAGUAUUGUUAGUCAGAAUGAUAUUUUGGUUACAAUGUUUGUUGACCAAUUUAACCCUUUCAAUGACUCAAAAAUGUCUGCAACUGUUGUCCACCUUAUCAAUCUCAACAUUGAUCCCAAAAAAAGUGUCAAAGUUCAUCUUGUCAUGUCAACUCGCAAUAAUCCAGCCUUGUCAGACUUGAUGAAUCUGGCCCACCAUAAUUCUUUCUUUGGGUGCCAAGCCUGUCUUUCCAAGGAUGUAUCCAAACUUCACACCAUGUGUUUUACUGGCAAUGAGCUGCCUGCCCCGAUGAGAACCAUAGAAAAUCUCUGUCAGUUCGAGGGAAACAUAUAUGAUGUCAACAGUCCCAAUGUUUUCAGAGAUCUCAAUACAUUGGCAAGUCCUGCUUUCUUCGGGCUUGACGAGAUGCAUCUCAUUGGCCAUGGGAUUGGACAUCAGUUGUACAAGGUAUUGGGUGACAAGUUUGCUGUGAGUUCCUGGACUGAAAACAACAAAGCCCAUUUAGUAGCAGUAGUAAUCAAGAACUUUGUCCUUGUCAGCACCAGGAAUGCUGUUCAAGACCUGGUUGAUGCUUGUAUCAUUGCUCAGCAGUGGGAGGUGACAGAGGCAGAAAUCCGCAAUAUGGAAGAAGCUAUUGGGCACUGA